AUGAGUGUAAAAAAACAACACGAAAUUGUUCAGUUGACUAAAGCUAUACAGACUCAUUGUAAUGAUGUACACUUACUAAUUGACUUUGGAGCUGGUUUGGGUUACCUUAGUGAGGCGUUGUGCAGCAUUAACAAAACCUGGCGGAUUCUGGGCAUAGAAGCAGAUAUGUGUCGAGUAAUGGGUGCACGUAAACGUCUGCGACAACAGAUACCUCAAAUGAGUGAACGUGUCACUUAUGUUGAGCAAUUUAUUGAACCGACUGCAGGCAAUGCGAUUAAAUAUCAUAUUUUGAGAAGUGGGUUGACUGGUCUGAAUAAAUGGGCUAUUAUAGGCUUACAUGCUUGUGCUGAUCUAUCGGUUACAUCUAUAAAGUUAUUUUUUGAAAUGGCAGAAGUUAAACAUUUGGUUAUCAUGCCAUGUUGUUAUCACAAGCUGAACGAAACUACCAGUGGUCACUUUUUAAAUUUUCCGUUGAGUACUGCAUUAAAGUCUGCGGUCACUGAAGGGGAUAUAAAUGUGCUGAACUACUUCAACCGUCCUUUUCUGCGCCUAGCUUGCCAAGAGACCAGUUCUCGUUGGCGACAUUGUUCAGAGGAUGAGCACGUUGCACACGGAGAGCAGAUGUUCUGGCGUGCCGUAGCCGAUGCCAUCAUUAACGAUGAAACGGAAGUAAUCGCAACUAUACCGAAAAGCCAACGACCUAACAAUGAUUGGAGUGAAAUGAGAAGUUUUUCAACUUUUCGACAGAUGUAUAAAGUAAGAUCAAAGGCAGCGGAUGCACAGUUUUUGGUGGCAGACAUGUGGAAUAAUGAGCACGAAGAUAAAUUUAAAAAAGUUGUUGAAAAAUAUGCUGAAGUUGGUCCCAAAUUGGCAGAAGCAUUGACUUGUUUGCAAACAACAAUACAGGUCAGUGACACUAUUAUAUCUGUGCUAACCUUGUAA